AGAACUAUUACAGUGCUAUUAUAUUAUAUAUUUAGUUUAUAAAUUUAUCUUUAAUUGAUAAUUACAGAAUUGCAAAGAACAUUAGUUUUAUCAGUUGUUAAAUAAGUUUCUGAUCUUGUGAAUUUUUCAUAUAUUGAAAUAAAUUAUAUUUCUGAAAGAACCUGGUAUUUCUAUCACAGGGGUCUGCAAAGGAUGUGGCAUAGUAGGAAAUGGGAGUGAUGGCAUUGGUUCAGAUGGUAACACAAUUGGCUUUCGAUUUUGAUUAUUGAAUUUGACACCCACAUCUUUACUUGUACCUGCAGUUUGUGAUGAUAAAAAUCUGAGAGUAGUCAUUGAAGUACUACCUAUACAACUCAGUUUCAAUGUUCCAUUCUUGAACUGAAGUUCAACCUAUUAAAAAUCCUCACAAAGUUGGGCAAUACUCUACAAUAAUGGCAGUCACAACGUUUAAUUGUGGUUAUAUAAUCAACCGAUGUGUAUCAAACAUGAGGACAAAUAGUGUCCGUUAUUUCAGUUUGAAAACAGUUAAGAAAACUUUUAUGAAUUAUUUUCGACCUGAAGCUCCGAUGCCUCCGUACAAUCACAUUUGUCAACUUGGCGACCCUGUUUUACGAAUGAAAGCGACACCUGUAGAUGCAAAAGUACUGCAAACGAAUGAAUUUCAAAAGAUACUUGAGCAUUUAGCUCGAGUAAUGAGGAAAUAUCAAAUGCCAGGAUUAUCGGCUCCACAAAUCGGUCUUCCUUUGCAAAUAUUCGUUAUAGAAGUAACAGAAAAAAUGUUAAACAAUAUCGAUAAAGAAAUGCAACAAUUUUGCGAAAUGGACCAAAUUCCGUUAACAUAUUUUAUUAAUCCAAAAAUGGUGAUAAAAAAUCCAGAAGAAUUCGCGUUUCAUGAACUAUGUGGAAGUGUUGUUGGAUUUACAGGCGAAGUGUUGAGGGCAAAGGAAGUAGAAAUCAAAGCUCUUAACCGAUUGGGUACGCCAUUUUCCUGGUCUGGAAAAGGGUGGGCAGCCAGGAUUGUCCAACACGAAAUCGAUCACUUAAAUGGUAAAAUUUUUAUUGAUAGAAUGGAUUUGUCGACAUUUAAAUGUUCAAUUUGGGAUGAGAUAAAUAAGAAUAAGGGAUAUGUUCAACUUAAAUUUUAUGUAAAAUAAUUAUUAUGCUGAUAUUUAAAUGAAUGUAUAAUAUAUUAAAA